AUGCAAAAUCAGGAGGCUCCCGUCGCCUUCACGACCGCACGCGUGCCGAACGGCCCGCUCCAGAAGGUCUUCGAGCAAGACGGUUACCGCUGGACGGAAGGCGGCGGCCGCGCACGACACUUUAGGAGGAGUGACUGUGACAUUGUCCCAGGCCGCAAAGCCGUCCACUUCGUGCCGCAACGAGCCGUAUUGCUCGGCGCGUAUCCAGGCGUGAAAGCAGACGCCUCGUGCGUCCUCGCCACCUGCGAAGAGCCUCUGGCCCUGGAGGUUUGGGUCGCCGACCGGGCGAAACCGGAUUUUGCGACGGCCGACACCAAGUUUUUCGAGGAGGUAAAGCGGGCGCUAGAACUGCGGUGCAAGGCGCCGGUAUUCCCGCGGCAUAUUAUUGCCGUCGUCGACGGCUUCCUGCCGGACGGUGACGAGAUGUGGACCGGGGCUGGUGGCGGCUGUGUAAUUUCGCCCACGCGCGCGUUUAUAUCGCGGCGCAGGUUGGGAAUCGACCCCGCUCUCGGAGGCCGAGGCGAAAUCGCUCCCGCCGCCCGUGUGGGCGGCGUGGGAGAUUGUCGCGAUGGCCGUCGCUUUCGGGGCACGAACACGCCGCGUCCAAAAUCAAAUUCGUUGCGGCGUCUUCGUCUCGUGGAUCGGUCCGCUCACUGGUCGGUUUAUGCGCAGGUCAAGAAGGUCACGAUCCAGGCGCACGGCAAGUACGCGAAGCUGGGCGGCCGCGCGGACCUGCUCGUCGCGAUGGUCCAGAAGCGGUUCCGCGAGGUGGGCAAGGCCAUCGCGACCGAGCUUAAAUCUCCGGGAGAUUAAGUAUUAUAUUGGAAUAACUACCCGCCGCGCGGCCCCGGGCAGGACGCAAGACAGAAGGCGGUCUCCCGCGCGGCCAGCCACACCGAGGAGUCCUCGGGAGAGCUCCGUGUGGGCACGACUCCGUGGACAUUACUUGCUCGACGGACGGCUCGUCGCAUUCACAGGCACGAGCGCAAGCUGCCUGCAAAUCAGGCUGCCGUGGCCGCAGCGAUUGCGCAACGGAAAGUUGGCAGUCGUAAGCGUCGUUGCAAGGACCGCCUCCGACGAUCUGGAGGAUCCAUGGCGCUUCGCAAGGUAGCCGUGAUCAGCGCUGUCGCAUCGGUGGCAGGAUUCGUACCGAGAGCGCCGCGGACAUUUGCGACGGCUCCGCUCCGCGCCGCCGAAGAAGAUGAGGAGCCAGCCUUCCCGCCGCUCGCGGACGCCGAAGUGGUUAUAUUGCACCGGAGCCGCUCGUCGCUCGCAGCCGUCGCCUACGAGCUCGCGAGUUCCCUAAGAGAGCUCGAAGGCGUGGGCGUGGGCGUCGCGACCGACGGCGACGGCGCCGACGCGAAGGCCCUCCAAGCGCUCAAGUGCGUGCGCACGUUAACGCCGGCCGACGGCAUGAGCGGCUAUGAUGAGGCCCUCACCUCGCUGUUCGCGCAGGGGGAUUCUACAAGACGAAAGAUUCUGGUCGACGCGUCGUCAUUAACGGCCGACGCGGCGGCCGAGCGCGCGCAGACGGCCAAAUCCCUCAAAGUGGACGCGUUGUGCAUAAUAGGAGACGCCCUCACGGCGGACGACGGCUCCGGGAAGAGAGGUGAAUUGAGCAACAAGGACGAAGCAUUGGCGCCCGGCCUGGAGACCGCGGCGCGCAACCACUUCCCGGGCGGCACCUCCGUCGUACGCUGCGAGCUGGUGCUCGGCGCGAGGGGCUGCGACGAGGCAUUUCAAUAUAGAAACCACCCCCUCGCUUACUUCUUCGAAAGGUUCGCGCGGAACCGCAUGGCGCCGAUACCAGGCCCGGGCCCGCGCGCCGGCGGCCCGCCCAUGCUCGUCGGCGCGGCCCGCGCGGCCGACGUCGCGCGCCUCGUCGAGGCCGUCGUCGCCAGCGACACGCCGCUCGGCGUCGUCACGGCGGGCCCCGUGCGGCCGCACGACCUCGGGCCGGCGACGUACGCGCAGCUCGCGCGCGCGGCGGCCUUCGCCUGCGGCGUCGAGCGCGCGCGGCUCCCUUUGUACGCGCCGGGCCAGGGCUGGCGGGAAAAGGUCGGCUUUCCUUUAGCGGAUGCGCCGCGCCACCUCGACGCGUCGACGACGGCCGCGGCCUUCGAGCACCUGCCGGCGGUGCCCGACGCGCGGCGCGACGCCGCCGUCGCGGCGUCGGCGCCCCCGAAACGCUACGGCGCGAAGAAGCUCACCUUCGACGCCGACGCCGCGGCCCUCUCGACGGCCGAGCACGUCCUCUUCGCGGCCGUCGGCGACUGCUACGACGCCUGGCGGCGCGUCAACGGCGACGCGAAGGAGGGCGACGGCGAGUCGUUCGCGGCCGACGAGGACCUCGUCAAGGACGGCGACGCGCUCCUCGGGUCGCUCGUCUUCACGCGCGACGCCAAGUACCACGAGCCCCUCGGGCCGCUCGUGGCCAAGUAAAACACAAGUAUUAGUUA